UCCGGUAAGUGCCCCUUGCGUGGCGGUCGAUUUUCCUUGUUUUCGCCCAGCCCAGCACGGGGUCUUGUGCAACCCUGCCGAGACUCCUGUGCAUUUCAUCGCCCGCCCUUGCCGUACAAUUUAAAUAGAGUUGCUAACAUUCGCCACAGCCCGCGACCGUGUCUGCGCAAAGCUUCUAAACACCUUGGGGUUCGGUGCCGCGAAAACGGCUAACUGCCUUGGGAUGUCACCAUCGAAGAUCUGGGUGGACCUGGCGGUCCGUCCCCGCCAAUAUUCUGUCUCCAACCGUGGUCUCUUUGGGGCCUUGACUAGGACGGUCGAAACGACAGCAGAUCGGAUCCUCCGCCGUGAGCAUGCCGCGGCUGAUCAUCUUGGCUGCAGGACGCUCCAACCAACCCUGUGCUUGCCAGUAGUCAGGCUUGCAAGUUGGACCGCAAGUGGCAGGUCGCUGGUUGGUGGUCGGCAUGAGUUUGGACGGAUAGCCGAUCUGCCCGUGACCACUCUUCUCCUUUUUUUUCUUUUCUUGUCUUUUUCUCUUUCUUUUUUUUUUUUCCUUUUUACUUCCUCUAUUCUCUCUGCUCUACAACCAGUCCGUCAUGAAAGGGACGCUAUGGUGCAACGACUAGUUUCGAUAUCGGAAAGAAACCCACGCGACAAGCGCAAUCCCGUGUACUCUCUAUCUUCCGUCUCCGCUAUCCGCGAGCGAGACCUUUUGACGCGUCAUGAAAUUUUUACAUACGUAUGCUGUGUUUGCCUGGGAUCGGAAUCAAUCAAUUGCAACGAUGACAUUUGCGUGCUUUGGCUUGUUUCAUUUGCUCAUAACUGCAUGGUGGGGUCUUGAUAGUUAGAUAUGAUAUUGAAACAGCUGGCGUUUGUGUUGCUUUGCUGGCCUGGUUUGGCUUGAGCUGUACAUGAUAGCAUCAUCUUCGCGUUGAGCAGAUAGUUUGUCUUUUUAUUUGAAUUCAUAUCACUAUGACUA